AUGCCGCAGGCCAUUGAGCAGCUGGAGGAGAGCCGUCCUGUGUUUGCCUCGCUGCGGCAGACGCAGGCCUUUGUUGUGCGACAGCUGGCCGAGCAGCUGGAGCUGGCGCCCGCCCUGGCUGACGCCGCUGCAGGGCCGGGCGUGCCGCUGGAGGUGGCAUCCCCGGAUGGCGGCGCCGCCGUCGCGUUGCAGGCGUUCAGCGGGCCGGGGUUGCGCUGGCUGUCGGCUUCCGCUCUGGCCAGCCCCAGCCUCGGGUUUGGAGGAGCCAUCACCGCUGGCUUUGCCGAAGGCUGCUCUGAUGUGCCGCACUUCAGGCUGGAUCAUAAGCUGCUGGGAGACCAGGUGCUGCUGGUGCUGGCGCUGUUCCCCCGCAGGGACUGGUUCCUGGACGAAUUCUACCUGCAGCUCUACUAUGGCUCAACCCCGCCCGGCUCGCAGCGCAGCUACAACGACGUGUACAACAGCGCCCUGCAGCGCCCCGGCUGGAAGCUGUAUCAGACGGCGGCGCUGGCUGUGAAGCCCCUGCUGAGCUCCGCCAUGGCGUUCACUUACGAGCCCAGCGAGGACAACCUGCUGGCGGCGCGGGAGACGGUGCUGGAGGUGGCGCAGCUGUGGGGCAACCUGGUGAAGCAGCAGCGGCAGGGCGGCGGCGGCGACAGCCAGCGCCAGGCGGACGACACGGUGCGCCAGUACGAUGCCCGCUACGUGAAGGCUGUGGCAGAGAACCCGGCCUGGGUGGCGCUGUUUGGGCAGGAGGCCACCGACAAGCUGGCGGCGGCAACCCACGGCGGCGCCGCACCCUGA